AUGGUGGAAAGAAAAGCAAAAUUCAAGGUCGAAGUUUGUCCAGAGCUUUGUGACUGGACCAGAAAAGGAAAACGAAUCAAAGUAUUAAGUAUUCAGAAAAAUAUGAUGAAAAGACAAAUUGUUGUCACUUGUCAUGUUCCAAGAAAACAAGUUCAAGAUAGCAUAGCGUUAGAUGUUGUUUCCUCCAUUAAAGACAAUGACCGAUAUGAAUAUGAAACGUAUUUAGAUGAAAAGUAUCCAAACCAAUAUUCAUUUAUAGCUCGAGGAGGAUUUGGUCAUGUCUAUAAAGUUUAUGACAAUUCGAUUGGAAAGGAUAUUGCUGUGAAAUUUAUGAAAUAUUGUUGGGUUGGAUAA